AAUCCUCGGCAAAGUUUUGACAGCAGAUAAAUUUAAGCGGUUGAUUGUUACAUGUGAGAAAAGGUCAUGUAUACAGCACAAGAAUGGAAUCUUAGAAAGAUGACUUUAUCUAAAUGUCUGAUGCAAUGAACACUUACAAAAUCUUUCCAAUAAAUCUUAAGGGGAAUAAGAACAAGAAUCUAAGAAUACAUACUAAGUUGACGUAUUCAAUGUCCUGGAUAAAUGAUACUCUCUAAUAUCUCAUGUCCACAUUUCUCCUUUUCUUUCAUAGAAGAAGUGCACUUAACAACUAGUUUAAGGGAAAUAAAGAUCUGUUAUAUAAUCAUUGGAGGAAAAUCUCAAGUAUUUCAGUAUCUUGUUUCUACUUUUUUGGCAGGAGAUGUCAUACUGCAGGCAGAAUUUGUUUCUUGGCAAAACAUGGGCAAAAUGCGAUACCAAAUAAAACCAAGCCAAAAGGAAAACAAUGAGUUACUGACCAUACAUAACUAUGGAUAUGCAAAGAAAGAUCCUAACCUGAUCAUAAUCAUCACAUCAAGGAUAUUGUGAAUAUUAUUUAUUUAUUGGAUUGUAAUGUCUAUAGUAUCAGCAAUAGUGACAGAGAAUGAUUCUUGGCAAAAAAAAUUUACCAGCAUGUAUACAGAAUAAAUACUGAACCAACGAAUAGCAUGACGGAUAUCAACAUUAAUUUUGAUUCCCUGGUCACCCUAUGAAGAAUCAAGUGCCGGCUAAUUUACUAGAUGGCUGGAUGCCUCUGGCAUUCUCACAAAAGUUUAAUGACAUGAAAACAAUAUAAGAAAAAAUAGGGACUAGAAUAUGAUUAAACGUGUCUAGUAGCACUUAGCAAUGCCUACAAAGAGCUGUCUAAGCUGAAGGUUAAAUACUGAUGAAAGCCAUCACAUACCUUUGAAAUCUCGUCACUCUCCAAGAAGGAGCAUAGAAAAUGGGUGGUAAAGAUAGCAUGUUUCGGUACGCUGAUGGCAUGGACAAGUUGUUGAUGUUCUUUGGGGUUUUGGGCAGUGUUGGAGAAGGGUUACGACACCCUCUCACAAUGUAUGUUCUUAGCCAUGUCAUCAAUGACUAUGGUAGCUCUGGUAUUUCUUUGUCUACUGAUACUGUAAACAAGUAUUCUCUCAAGCUCCUGUAUAUUGCAAUUGCUGUUGGACUUGCUGCAUUUGUUGAAGGAUUGUGUUGGACGAGAACUGCUGAGAGACAGACUUCUCGGAUGAGAACGGGAUAUUUGAAAUCGGUCCUUAGACAAGAAGUUGGUUUCUUUGACACUCAAGAUGCUGGUUCUUCCGCAACCUAUCAAGUUGUCAGCACCAUCUCCAAUGAUGCCAGUGCUAUCCAAGUAGCAAUAUGUGAGAAGAUACCUGACUGCCUUGCACAAAUGUCAUGCUUCUUCUUCUGCCUUGUGUUUUCCUUCAUACUAUCGUGGAAGUUUACUCUGGCAGCUCUUCCUUUUGCAUUGAUGUUUAUUGUCCCAGGACUUGUAUUCGGGAAGCUCAUGAUGGACGUGACAAUGAAGAUGAUUGAAGCUUAUGGAGUUGCUGGUGGGAUUGCGGAACAAGCCAUUUCUUCAAUAAGAACUGUAUACUCAUAUGUGGCGGAGAAUCAAACAAUAGACCGGUACAGCCGAGCACUUCAAAAGACUAAAGAAUUAGGAAUAAAGCAAGGUUUCGCAAAGGGAUUGAUGAUGGGAAGCAUGGGAAUGGUUUAUGUAAGUUGGGCAUUUCAAGCUUGGGCUGGCACUUAUUUGGUGACUGAGAAGGGAGAAAAGGGUGGUUCUAUCUUUGUAGCUGGAAUCAAUAUAAUGAUGGGAGGACUGAGCGUAUUAGGUGCACUCCCAAAUCUAACUUCCAUCACAGAGGCAACAGUUGCUGCUACGCGUAUUUUUCAAAUGAUUGAACGAACUCCAAGUAUAGACUUGGAAGACAAGAAGGGGAAGGCUUUAUCAUAUGCAAGAGGAGAAAUUGAUUUUCAGGACAUACAUUUUAGCUAUCCAUCAAGACCUGACACACCAAUCUUGCGAGGGUUGAAUCUCAGGAUUCCAGCUGGUAAGACAGUUGGUCUUGUGGGAGGCAGUGGCUCCGGAAAGUCUACAGUCAUUUCAUUGCUUCAAAGAUUUUAUGAGCCCAAUGAAGGACAAAUUCUCUUAGAUGGACACAAAAUAAAUAGGCUUCAGCUCAAAUGGUGGAGAUCCCAAAUGGGUCUAGUUAAUCAGGAACCAGUCCUCUUUGCCACAUCUAUAAAGGAGAAUAUAUUGUUUGGGAAGGAAGGUGCCUUGAUGGAUGAUGUGAUCAAUGCUGCUAAGGAUGCAAAUGCACAUGACUUCAUAACUAAGUUAACUGAUGGAUAUGAGACACAAGUUGGCCAGUUUGGAUUUCAAUUAUCUGGGGGGCAAAAGCAGCGUAUUGCCAUAGCAAGGGCUCUGAUCAGAGACCCCAAAAUCCUGCUUCUAGAUGAGGCAACCAGUGCACUGGAUGCACAGUCUGAAAGAAUAGUUCAGGAUGCAAUUGAUCAGGCAUCGAAAGGAAGGACAACAAUCACCAUUGCGCAUCGCCUCUCCACAAUCAGAACAGCAAACCUGAUUGUUGUUCUUCAAUCAGGGAGAGUAAUUGAAUCAGGUUCACAUGAACAGUUAAUGCAAAUAAAUAAUGGAAGAGGUGGAGAAUACUUCCGGAUGGUGCAGUUGCAACAGAUAGCAGCACAGAAAGAAAAUUUUAAUGACUUCAUCUAUAGAAAUGAUGGAAAGAACUCCUUUAGAAUGAGUCCUGCUCCCAGUCCGGUUAGCUUGAGAAAAAGCACUCCACGCACCCCAGUGUUAAGCCCCUUUAGCCCAGCAUUGUCUAUCGGCACACCUUAUUCCUACUCAAUCUAUGAUCCUGAUGAUGAAAGUUUCGAAGACGACUUAAACCAACUGAAUUAUCAGGCACCUUUUCAGUGGCGUCUGCUGAAAAUGAAUGCACCUGAAUGGGGACGAGGCUUGACUGGAUGCUUGGCUGCAAUAGGUGCUGGAGCGGUUCAACCUAUUAAUGCUUACUGUGCAGGAUCACUUAUGUCAAACUACUUCCGCAGUGACAAAUCUGCUAUCAAACAUAAAUCCAACGUAUUGGCCUUGAUUUUUUUAUUUAUUGGUGCUCUCAACUUCAUCACCAGCCUCCUCCAACAUUAUAAUUUUGCAGUUAUGGGAGAGAGGUUGACGAAAAGAGUACGCGAGAAACUGCUAGCAAAGCUGAUUACUUUUGAGAUAGGGUGGUUUGAUGAUGAUGAGAAUACAAGUGCAGCAAUUUGUGCAAGGCUAGCCACUGAAGCCAGCAUGGUUCGCUCCCUUGUUGGGGAUCGGAUGUCAUUGCUAGUACAAACAUUCUUUGGUUCUGUCUUUGCUUAUUCAAUAGGACUUGUUCUAACAUGGAGGCUAACCCUUGUUAUGAUAGCUGUGCAACCAUUAGUUAUUGGAAGUUUUUAUUUGAGGAGUGUUUUGAUGAAAAGUAUGGCCGGGAAAGCACAAAAGGCACAAAUGGAAGGAAGCCAGCUAGCAAGUGAAGCUGUUAUUAACCACAGAACUAUAGCUGCAUUCUCUUCUGAGAAGAGAAUGUUGGAGCUUUUCAAAGCCACUUUGAGAGGUCCUAAAGAAGAGAGUGUUAAGCACUCAUGGCUGUCAGGUCUUGGCCUGUUUUGCUCCCAGUUUUUUAACACGGCUUUUAUCACACUAACAUACUGGUAUGGUGGGAGGCUCCUGACGGAAGGGUUAAUAACCUCAGAGCGCCUAUUCCAAGCAUUUUUGAUACUGCUUUUCACUGCUUAUGUCAUUGCAGAAGCUGGAAGCAUGACUAAUGAUAUAUCCAAAGGAGGCAAUGCCAUUCGAACAAUAUUUGCAAUUCUCGAUAGGAAAAGUGAGAUUGAUCCAAACAACUCAUUUGAUGCUUCGAACAUCAGGAGAAAGUUAAAUGGCCAAGUGGAGUUCAACAAUGUCUACUUUGCUUAUCCAACAAGACCAGAUCAAAUGAUCUUCAAAGGCUUGAACCUCAAAAUUGAAGCAGGGAAGACAGUGGCACUGGUAGGGCCAAGUGGUUCUGGAAAAUCUACUAUCAUUGGACUUAUUGAGAGGUUUUACGAUCCCUUGAAAGGAGCAGUUUUUAUUGAUAGACAGGACAUAAAGAGCUACAACUUAAGAAUGCUGAGAUGUCAUAUUGCACUAGUCAGUCAAGAACCAACACUGUUUGCUGGCACUAUCCGCGAAAAUAUUGCCUAUGGCAAAGAGAAUGCAAGAGAAUCUGAGAUACGAAAGGCUGCAGUUGCUGCCAAUGCACAUGAAUUCAUCAGUGGAAUGAAAGAUGGGUAUGAUACCUACUGUGGAGAAAGAGGAGUUCAGCUAUCAGGAGGUCAAAAACAAAGGAUAGCACUUGCUCGUGCGAUACUGAAGGAUCCAUCAAUCCUGCUGUUGGAUGAGGCAACCAGUGCACUUGACAGUGUGUCAGAGAGCUUAGUUCAAGAGGCACUUGAGAAGAUGAUGGUUGGCAGAACAUGUGUAGUCAUUGCUCACAGACUAUCAACAAUUCAGAAAUCCAACUGCAUUGCGGUUAUCAAGAAUGGAAAGGUUGUAGAACAAGGCUCACACAAAGAACUCAUAGCAUUAGGUAGCGGUGGAGAAUACUACUCUCUGACAAAACUACAAAGCGGAAGCUCCUCUUAUCAGUAAAGCAGAAUCAUCUGGAGUCUGGACUGCCAUAGGAGGAAAGUCUACUUUUUGUUAA